CGUCACGACACUGGCCAACAGGCGGAAGAAGUUUGAAGCGGAUUUGUGGAUUAGAUUACAACAACGCCGCCGACAUUAGAAGUAUAAAACCGACGGACCCUUAAACCCUUUCGGUUGUCGUUUAACAUCAAAACCCUCGACGACGUUGCGUCAGAAAGUGCUCAAACGCGGGAAAAGGACGCCAUUUGUGAGACGCUGCUCCACAGUUUCCUAGACAACGGCCUGCCCUUCCUUCUGUUGUCCCUCUUUUCAUGCUGAGGAGGGGCAUUGAGCCCGCAAGACCACCCGCCUCGUCAUGAACGGGGAAGACGGCAAGUGGCUGGACGCCCACUACGACCCGGUGGCGGGCCUGCGCACCUUCACUUCCUGCGUGGCGCUGGCCGACCUGAGCGGCGACGGGGACGGCCGGCUGGUGGCGGCCGACCUGGGCGGCGCCGGACCGGCGGCCAUGAAACUGAAGGUGUACCGCGGGACGGCGCUGACCAGCGAGAGCGUCCUGCUGGACCUUCCGUGCGGCCUGGUCUCCUUCUUCAUGGACCUGCACGAGCCGCGCGUUCCCGCCGUGGCCGUGGCGUCCGGGCCUUGCGUCUACGUCUACAAGAACCUCAGGCCCUACUUCAAGUUCACGCUGCCCGGGUUGGACGUCAACACGCUUGAGCAGGACGUGUGGCAGCAGGCCAGGGAGGGGCACAUUGACCCCGCCGCCCUCAAGGAGAUGCUGGACAGCGUCAGGAAGAAGGCCGACGUGCCGUUAUCCGGCCACUCCCUCCGCUUCCUGUCUCUGGACGCCGAGCACCAGGAAGACUUUGUCCGGCUGCACAAACAGCGAGCGAUCAAGCGACAGACCGUCAUCACGUGCGUGGCCACCCUGAAGAAAAGCACGGCGGACGACGACGGCGUCAGCUGCCUGCUGAUCGGCACGGAGAGCGGCCAUCUUUACGUGCUCGACCCGGAGGCCUUCGUCAUCCUCGCAAAGAUGGCGCUGCCGGCCGCGCCCACCGCGAUGGACGUGACGGGCCAGUUCGACGUGGAGUUCCGGAUCACGGCGGCGUGUCGGAACGGGAACGUCUACAUCCUGCGCAGGGACUCGGACAAAGCCAAGUAUUGCGUGGAGCUGUCGUCGCACCCCGUCGGCCUGGUGAGAGUCGGCAAGAACGUGGUGGUGGGAACCGUGGACCAGAACCUGGAGGGAUUCACGCAGAAGGGUAAGAAGCUGUGGAAAGUGGUCCUCCCGGCCCCCAUCUGCACCAUGGCCACCAUGGACCUCUCUGCUCGAGGCUUCCAGGGGGUUCUGGUGGGUCUGGCCAACUGCGAGGUCCAUCUGUAUCGUGACAAGAAUCUGGUGAGCACCAUCAAGACUCCGGACGCGGUGAGCGCCAUCUGCUUCGGCCGCUACGGGCGCGAGGACGGGACCCUCGUCAUGACCAUGAAGGGCGGCGGCCUGAUGGUGAAAAUCCUCAAGAGGACGGCAGAGUUCCGAGAGCGGGACAGCGCUCCAGGACCUCCGGCCGCCCAGAGCGUGCGCCUCAAUGUGCCCAAGAAGACCAAACUGUACGUGGACCAGACCCUGAGGGAGCGCGAGAACGGCCCCGCCAUGCACCGCGCCUUUCAGAUGGACCUGGUCCGACUGCGACUGGCGGCGGCCCAGGCCUACGCCAAGGCCCUGGAGUCCAGUCUGACCCCCGUGUCGUCCGGUCCCGGGCGGUCGCUUAAGAUGAACGCGGUGGUCCAAGGUCUGGGCCCGUCCUUCAAGCUCACACUCAACGUGCAGAACACGGCGGCGUGCCGGCCGGUCCUCAAGCUGGCAGUCAGCUUCGUGUAUGACGGCGACUUGUACAGGGUGAGAAACCCGUUCAUGAAGAUCCCAAUGCUGGUGCCCGGACUGGUCUACCCGGUCCAGACCCUGGUAGAGUGCACCAGCGACAAAGGCAUCUCUGACGUGAUUAAAGUUUUCGUGCUGCACGAGGAGCAGAGGGCGCCGCUGCUCACCGCGCACAUCAACAUGCCCGUCAGCGAGGGAAGCAACUGAGAUGCUUAGCGUAGCUUAGCGUAGCAUAGCUUAGCUUUCAAGGCAGGACGGCAGCAGAAAGACUUUGUGCAGUGAGGGAGGCGACACCGUGACUUUGAAAAAAAAUCAGACGUUGGCACGGAUCUCUUCUUUUCAAGAAAUGUUUCUUUUUUUUUGGAAAGAAUGCAGACCAAAGCAAGUGCAACAUAAAUCACCAAACAUAGUUUGAUGUGAGAGGCUCAUUUAGAAGCUGCUGGAAGUUGCACUUCCACCUCAAGUCCUGAUUUUCCAAAACGUAGCUUUCAAAGAAAAGCUCGUUUGGAAUGCACAUGCAACGUGAUGGGAGCCCGUGGCCCACUUUAGGGCUCUCGAUCCGCCAGUUGAGAAUCUCCCAUUUAGAUCACGCCAUUCUUUACAACGGGUCAGGGUUAAGGGUCGGCUGAGAGAGGUUGGGGUUAAACCCCUUUCGCCGUUUGUGCAUUCAAUCUUUGGUCAGGUAGUCCCUUGUUUCCCAACUUGCAUUGAUCGAUCCAACGCGUCUAUUUUACUGGAGGAAAAUCUCACGGCACACCACCCCACAAGAAAAAAAAAAAAAAAAUGACGCAGCGCUAAAGAACGAUGUGAAAUGUUGGCCUGCUGCAUGAAUGGAACGCUGCUCCGAUUCCUUUGGGGGAACGACAACGGCUGAAUAUGCGGAUUCAUCGCAUAUUCCGCCACGGAGUGGAAGAACAUCUCGUUAUUUGACGUUGCUGAACAAAGACAAAAACAUCAACUGGAAUCAAUAAAGGAUCAUUUUCGGACCGAUGAAAUGAAAUGGGAGCGAUCUGCUGU